AUGGUCCGUAACCAAGUCGGCAGCUGCCAGAGCAUGCCUGGUGUCUCCGCCAGUCGCAAUGCUCGCCGAUCCUCCCACGCACAUGCCACAACAUUGACAGCACGCCCAAGGAGGUCAAGAAACGAUCAGCUUUGUUAUAACGAAUCAUCCGAACAUGAGAACUCCGAUUCUUCCCUGAGUAACCCGUACUCGCCCGACGAAGGGGAUGCCGAGAGUGAGGUCGAACAAGACGGCGAUGCUAUACCCAAACCACGAUCGCAUCGGGCUCGAAAUACAGAACCGGUAGAAAAUGCGCCAAGCCGAACCCACAAUCGCCGGAGCACACGACACACAGGUGCUUCUCGAACAACGUCCUUGGUUGAUCUUGCGACUGAGUUGGGAGGAAAGAAGGCAACCCCUCGAGAACAAACAAGGAAGCGAUCUCAACCAGCAAAAAUUAAAACAAGGUCUCUGAAGAAGCGUCGCGUGUCUGUUGAAGUCGAACCAAUACCACAGGGUAUUAUUCCACCCUGGACUAGCCCCCAAAUACCGUACGGUGCCUGGGCCGAUAUCUUCUACUACGCAGCUAUCGCAGGCAAUGAUAGCCUUGAUGUCAACUGGUUGAUAAGCACUGCCACUACCUGCAGAACCUUCUCGGAAGCGGCGUUGACAGCUAUUUACCGCUCACCACCUCUGACAACGACGGGCAAGGCCAAACGAUUCGCAGCUCUGCUCGACUGUCCUCCUUCUGAAACCCGCUUCAACUACCGCACCAAAAUUGAGACUCUGUAUUUAGAUGUUCAGAUUGUGCCCCAGCUACUAUUGCCCAAAAUACUCCGUGUGCUUCCGCGUUUAAAAGACGUCAUCAUUUUCACAGCGUCUGAUCAGCCGCCAUACAGACAGUUGAAUCACCCAGUGAGAUGGUAUUACACAGAAGAUAUAUUCCAUGCCUUGAAACCAAGCCUCGAGCGGCCCGAGUCGCUCAAAAUCGGUGACGAGAACAAGAUGGAAUAUACCACUUUAAAGAGUUGGGAGUGGAGUGGGAGCUUGCUGGGGGGAGCGGUGGGUACCAUGAAGGAUGUUGGUCGCAUCCAUUGUGACCCUUCAUUUGCUCAUCUCACGAAACUUAACUUCACAAACCUUCAGGUCCCAUCUCUCUGGAAGUUAGGGUCGAAAGGUGCCACUGAGGAACGAGAACUAGAACUUUACAACGAAGAUGAAUCAGUCAUCAAGUCGAUUGCUGAGGCGAUUUCUCAGUUGAAAUCGCUUCAACACCUCGUGUUCGAGUCGUCGACUGUCAUGAAUGACCGGCUGCUUCCCCUUCUUCCAAGGGACCUGACGCAUCUCUCUUUGAUCAACUGUUGGGAGAUCAAGUCUGAUGAGUUUAUGCUGUUCCUGCACAGCCAUGGCAGACAUCUCCGCAGCCUGAGUCUGCUACACAAUCAGUCACUAGACUUGGUAUUCUUGACCACACUGGCGGAUUCCUGCCCUAAACUGGAACAGCUGUAUAUGAACCUUUCGUAUUUUCACCAUCAUGACUCCGUAUCCAUGACCAACAAUGACGCCGACCCCUUGUACGACCAAGUUUUACUACCGCACCAAAAACCAGAGUGGCCGUCUAGCCUUCGAGUCAUCGAUUUUGAACACAUUCGACAUUGGAGCGUUGAAACCGCAGAAAUGUUUCUUGGGUCUAUUUUAGAUAGUGCUGCUGCUCUACCCGACUUGCGCCAUCUUGCUGUGAAAACGAUGCUCAACAUACCCUGGAAGGCCCGUGCUAAUAUGCGCCACGAAUGGAGACGGAAACUUGAUAGAGUCUUCCUUCGCCCCUUCGAACCACCAAGAAAACAUUACUCCAUGCGUGAAACACAAGAUGAAGAGGUAUCCCAAGUGCUGGACAAAAAGAAAAAGCCAAAACGUCUUUCUGAUGGCCCGUCUCGACGAAGCGAUCGUCUAGCGGCACACGUCUCAGAUUCCGAAUCAAGGCACAGCACCAACUCGAAGGGUCUUCGCAGCUCCCAUGGUCGUCCUACAUAUGCAGAGCCAGAGACUGACGAGAAUGAGUUCGACACUGACGAGGAAGGUAGCAUGCAAAGUCCCAUGUCGGAUCGUCACGGGCAAGAGGUAGAGGGUACAGACGAAGGCUCUGAGGACCAGACCAAAAAGCCCACAGCGCCUGUGAUCCAGGGACGCUGCACUACUGUCUCCAUCGUCUUUGACAAUCAGAAACCUACAGAACUGCAAUAUGGUAUGGAAGACUUCAUGGAUGAUGAUCGUGCCGAAUCUGACGAAGAAUGGAACGGCGACCAUGACGAGGAUGAUGAUGCGGUCUUUGUUUGGCGUUAG